UUCAAAUUCACGAGUGGAUCAAGAGUCUAAUUUACCGUCGAUAAUCCAAAAUGGCGACUUACGGGAACGGUGUAAAACGUGGGUUAGAAAUAGUGCGAAACAUGCCAAGGAUCAGGAUAGACAGCAUCAAAGAUAACCCUGGAGCACGGAAAAAGAAAUUACGAAGAGGAAGAGGUCAAACAAGAGGAAACCGCUGUGGCAGGGGAAAGAAAGGACAACGACAGCGUGGUAUUCCUCCAAGAAUUGGAUUUGAAGGGGGACAAUCUCCAUUUUACUUAAGCAUUCCUAAGGAACCAUAUUAUGCAGGACAGCACCUGAGGAGGCAGUAUCUACCAAUAUCGUUAAACAAAUUACAAUAUUUGGUCGACAUGGGUCGAAUUAACCCAGACGAACCUGUAGAUCUUACAUCUUUGGUCAAUGCUAGAGCUGUCAGUAUCGACAUUUUUAAAAAGCAUUAUGGCGUGCAGCUUGUCAGUGAGGGUAAAGAUAAAUUUCAAGCUCAGCUCAACAUAGAAGUGCAAUGGGCAACAGAAGACGUAAUCGCAGCAAUUGAGCGCAACGCUGGAAUCAUCACUCUUAGCUUUUAUGACCUACAAAGCGUUAAUGCACUCGCUUACCCUAUAAUAUUUUUUCAGCGUGGUGUACCAAUCAUGCGUCGUUCGCUGCCACCUAAAGACUUGGUCGAUUUCUACACAAAUCCCGACAAGCGAGGAUACUUGGCUGAUCCAGAUAAAGUACGCAAAGCAAGAUUUGAUUUAGCUCAGAAAUUUGGGUACCAGCUGCCGGAUUUAUCCCAGGACACUCGGUAUGCAAUGUUAUCAAUGCGCAAGGAUCCUAGGCAGAUUUUCUAUGGACUUGAGCCUGGCUGGGUUGUGAAUUUAAAAGAUAAGACUGUAUUGAAACCAAAAGAUGAACAAUUGUUGGAAUACUAUAAGUCAUAGGGUGCUGUUUAGUUGUAAGAGGGUGCUGUGUUACUUCAUCCAGCAUCUGUCUAUACAAGUCCGGUUUUUGAUUUUCUAUUUUUGUCUCCAUACAUGGUAAUUUCUGUAUACUCAUAUAUUGAAACGUGUGAAAAUGAAGAAGUAACAGAGCAUGAAUAAACAAUUCAAAAACUGUACUGAUUGAAU